AUGGAGCAUGUGUUGACACAACCGGACACCACCACCGUGGUGGAAAAGUACCUGCGAAAGUGCAAAGACAUGGGAUUCGACAUGGUCGAACUGUUUUUGGGUUUCUUGGUCAUUCCCAGCAGACGACUGGCUCCGCCUCGUAGACAGAGUGUACAACGUGGGGUUGAGCUACACCAGAACUGGGUGUCAAGUUCGGCGCAGGGGGUAACACGGCCGGGGAAGAUUUGGAAGCCAUGGGGACCUGGGACCUCAGACCCCAGACCCCAGCAAGGUGAUUAA